CUAAUCUGUCCGCCAUUUUUGUCUACUCUGUCAGCCUUUGAAAAUCAAAAUCGCCAAUUUCGUCUACUCUGUCCGCCAUUUUCGUCCAAUAUUCUUGAAAGAUCCGAAAUUGGUUGAAAACAAGUCUAAGAGCUUGCAUAAUCUUCUAACAAUGAAUAAACAAAGUUUGAAGAAGCAUAAAACACAAAAAGAGGCACAUGCAAAGACACCCAAGAAGAGGGGUAGAAAGCUUGCAAUGGCCAUAUCCAGACCUCCACUGCCAUCGAACAGAAUGGACAGCACUGGAUGCAUAUAAAGACAAGAAAACUGGAGAACUUUUGGGUCCACAACAUUCGUUUAAUGUGGAGUUUGCUCAAGACAACAUGCAACAAAUAAGUGAUAGCCUUGAUUGCGGACUGUUCGUAAUUGUAUAUGCAGAAUUUCUGAGUGACAAAAUCAACAUGUCAUGUAAUAGUUUUGAGAGUAGCUAUCUUCGCAAAAGAUAUGCGAUACUUUUAUUGAAGUAUGGUCUCGACAAGAUGAAUGCUGGAUAUGUUAGCAACAGUGGUGACCCUUCAAGAAUAAAGAAUGUAUUAAACCCAUCAUCUGAAGAUGAAAUUGUUAAUGUAGGCUAGUUAGUUUUUAAUGUUUGAUUUUUUUUUUGUUUUUUGGAGUUAAACAAGAUGUUUGAAGUAUUUAUUAACAUAACAACACAUAUUGUUAAAUUAUGAAAGUGUUUUGAUUUUUAAAA